AAACGCCAACUUGCCAAGACCUUGUUCCUAGCAAUUCCCUAAACCGCCUACCCCACUUUCCCAUUCUUCUUUGUCCUAUAUAUUUUCUCUCUUCCCCCAUUCCCAUUCCUCAUCACAUAAACCCUAUCUUCCUCUCUCUUCACAUGUACAGUUCUCAUCAUCCUUUCCUUCCUAAUCUUUAAAUCUACUCAUUUUCUUCUACUUUCUCUCUCUUCUCUCCAAUUUUCUUCAAUAAUUCAUCGAUUUUACUUUAAUCUUUGCAUUUUAGCUUUUAGAUUUGAAUAUUUUCCGAUGGAAGUAGCAAUUCUUCAACCGUAUGAUGUCUUGAAGAGACAUACUAAUCACCAUAAUCGCCGUCAAUUCAUUACUCCGGCUAGUAAAUCUCGACGUAACCCUAGUAAUGUUGAUCCUAACCCAAACCCGAACCCGAGUCCUAACCCAAACCCGAAUAGGUCUAACCGUAGGAAACGUAACUCACCACCUCCUCCUUCGUCUAAGACUCAACAGAUCCGACUCCAAUCUCCUCCUGUUAUGGGUCAAGUACGGAUCUUAAAACGGGGUGAAGAUCUAUCCCUUUCACCUCCUCCUCCUUCUGCUCCGGUUGAGCCUGAACCAACUGUUAUCGUUUCGGUUCGUGACGGUUUUUAUGCCGGAUCUGCUUGCGUGACGUCACCAUCACCAAGCGAACUGCCUUUACCUGGGUUUUUCUCAAAGAGAAACUGUGGGUUUGUGAAGGAAGGUGAAGCUCAAAAUCAAGAGAUCGCUUGUGAACUUAGAAGGGUUUUAAAACUCAUCUAAGAUUUACGAAAAAAAGAAAGAAAAAAGAAUUUCAUGAAAUCGAAAAACAUGAACAGUAGAUUUGGAAUCUGGAGUUGAAUUUGAAAAGAAAAAGGUGGUGUUUAAAUCAUAAAUCGUAGGGAGUUUUUAAUUUCUGGGUAAUUAUAGAUGGUUAAGUUUAGAACCAAUAAUCCGAUUAAUUUCCUCGUAUUUUUUCCAGUAGGAAAAUCGGUAUUAAAUUGGUUGUUAAAGCUUAGCUUGAAUUAGAUGUAGUAAAUAAUUAAAAGCUUUUUAUUUCUAAAUUCAAUUUAGUUAUAAGUUGGGUAUUAUUACAUAUAAUCUUUGGGUAUAUGAUUAUUAUAUGUAUAGUUCAUGGGUUGUCGGUUUAAACUUUGUAUUUUUUCUUAAUUUCUAAUGAAGCUUUUGUUUGUAAUAUUUAUGGUUGAAUUAUUAGUUA